CUUGAAACUACAGCAACUUAUGACCCCUUGACUGAGGAAUUUGUUCUCAAUUCCCCAACUCUUACUUCAAUGAAAUGGUGGCCUGGAACACUUGGUCAUACUGCCACACAUGCUGUGGUUGUUGCAAGACUAAUAACCAAAGGAAAAGAUGAAGGAAUUCAUUUGUUCAUUGUGCAGCUACGUAGCCUUGAGGACCAUAGACCACUACCAGGAAUAAAGGUCGGAGACAUUGGACCAAAGUUUGGGUACUUUGGCAUGGACAACGGUUUCCUCCACAUGACGAAUGUGAGGAUACCAAGAGAUCAAAUGCUAAUGAAAUAUGCUCAGGUAUCACGAGAUGGUACUUACUCAAAGCCUCCAACUGAUAAGAUCACGUAUGGUACUAUGGUUUUUGUAAGAGCUGGUAUUGUCGUCCAGUCGGCUAGCAUCCUGGCCAGGGCUGUUACUAUAGCAAUCAGAUACAGUGUAGUCAGAAGACAGACACAGAACAGACCUGGUGAGCCAGAGACACAAGUACUGGAUUAUCAAACUCAGCAGUUCAAGCUCUUUCCUCUAUUGGCCUCUGCUUAUGCUAUGAAGUUUGCUAGUCAGUACAUGCUCAAACUUUAUGUUGGAAUCACUGGAGAAAUUGCCGAAGGGAAUCUUGAAUCUCUACCAGAACUUCAUGCUACCAGUGCUGGUUUAAAAGCUCUUUGUUCUGAAAUAUCUUCUAAUGGUGUUGAGCUCUGCAGGUUGUGUUGUGGUGGUCAUGGAUAUUCAGCCGCUAGUGGUCUACCUCAGCUUUAUGUUGAUUAUUCUCCAGCACAGACAUAUGAAGGAGAGAACACAGUCAUGUUACUCCAAACAGCAAGGUAUCUUUUGAAGAUAUCCAGACAGAAAGUUCCUCAGGCUCAGUUGCCAAACAAUGUGGCGUAUCUUGGAGUCGAUUAUCCAAAGUAUAAGGAGAGCCCGGUUUUGACUCCAAAACAAUUUAAUGAUCCACACAUUUUACUGGAAGCAUAUCGCCAGAGAGUGAUUAGGUUAGUUGCUGUGGCAUUAAGGAGGUACAUGAAUGGCAUUGACUCUGGAUUGGAUGCUGUUGCUGCCUGGAAUAACUCUUCAGUGGAUUGGACAGUAGCAGCAAGAGCUCACUGUCAUUAUCUUGUUUUAAAAGCAUUCCAGUCCAGUAUAGAUACAGCUGAAAUGUGUGAAACUAAUUUAAGUAUAAUGAGAGUUUUGUGCUGCUUGUUUGGACUCUUUGGUAUAAUGCAGUACAGUGGAGAAUUCUGCCUGGAUGGGUAUAUGAAUAGUGAUCAGAUCGAAAUGGCCAAGAACCAGCUUUAUUCCCUGCUAAAGGAAGUGAGAUAUGAAGCAGUUCCAUUGGUUGAUGCAUUUGAUAUUCAUGAUGACAUAUUAAACUCGUGUCUUGGUCGUUAUGAUGGUGAUGUAUACAGACACUUGUAUCAAUGGGCACUAAGAGCCCCUAGGAACAAGAAAGAGGUUCAUGAUACUUAUGAGAAAUAUUUGAGGCCGCUUUUAAAGAAAACUAAGUCCAAGCUAUGAUAGUAUUAACUUUGAUAAUAAUGACACUACUAAUAUUUUAUAGAUAUUAAU